AUGGAUCACCGCGCAGUGCCUGGUCGCAUGGCGGACAUGCCUCCUGGUGCGCAGGGUGCCAAUCCAUAUGUGCGGCCGGCUAUGCAGCGGCAUACGUCUGGUCUGCGUUUGGUGUCUGAGGAUCGCGAGCGGAUCGUGCGGAAAGAUCAAAUGUGUGUGAAAUGCGGCACGGCCAUCACCGGCCAGUUUGUUCGUGCGCUUUCAGGGGUAUAUCAUCUCGACUGUUUUACAUGUGCGGAUUGCGGUCGCAAUGUCGCGUCCAAGUUUUUUUCAGCCACGCCAGACAUGGUGUUGGCUGCGGGUGGUGGUGACCAGUUUCCACUGUGUGAAACGGACUAUUUUCGACGCUUGGACUUGCUGUGUGCCAGAUGCGGGCAUGCACUACGUGGAAGCUACAUUACGGCUCUGGGAUCCAAGUAUCAUGUGGACCAUUUUACGUGUUCUAUGUGCUCGACGCCCUUCGGCCCGGAAGACAGUUACUAUGAGCAUGAGGGCCAAGUAUACUGUCAUUUUCAUUACAGCACGCUUUUUGCGAUCCAGUGUUCUGGAUGUCAGACCGCUAUCCUGAAGCAAUUUGUUGAGAUCAAUCGGAACAAUGCUGACGAGCACUGGCACCCGGAGUGCUACAUGAUCCACCGCUAUUGGAAGAUUAAACUUGCACCGAGCGCCCCUUCUCAUGCUGAUGCGGUUCAGGACGUGUCUCUUUCCAUGCCUGGUGCGUUGGCCCUUACGCCAAGCAGCUCGGAGGAGCAACUUGCCGCGUCGAACGUCGCACAGGAAACUCCCGCAUCCGUUCUGCAAAAGCAGCGGACGAUGGAGAUGCGUGUGUUCACCAUUUGGCGUGUACUCUCCUCGUUCGAAGAAUCAUCUGCGGGCUGUAUUUCUGACAUGUUACGGCACGUAAGUAACGGAAAGUACGUGGGUGGUGUGCGCUUUGCGGCUCGAUUCGUCCUACACGUCGAGGUUUUGUUUUCGGCUAUCGACGAGCUCGAGAUGCAUUUCCACCACGCCCAGGCGCAAAAGAUUCAGUAUGUGCGCGAGGCGCGCAUGCUAUGUAAAAAGAUCGUCAACUUCUUCUCACUACUGUCCCACACUCAGGAAACGGGCGCCCAGCGCAUGCACAUCACACAGGAAUUGCUGUCUCUUGUCACGGGCUUGGCACAUUAUCUCAAAAUCCUGAUCCGUAUAUCGCUCACUGGCGCACUCCGACUUGACCAAGAGUAUGGCGUGCCAGCGGCGCUCGAGUCGUUCCUAGCGCGUCUCGAUGAGCUCGUGACGCUGCAGGGUGGCGACACGGACACGGUUCAUGGAUACACCAGUUUACCUCAUGUGACUAUUCCGACGUACGACACUGAAAAUGCGUCUGACUUGUGCGUGAUGUGCGGCAAGACUGUCGAAGAUGAAUGUGCCCGUGUGGGUGUCACACUUCGAUGGCACUGGUCGUGUGUCCGCUGCUUAGUGUGUCAGCGCACUGUUUUUCGGCCCGACGAUGAGAUAUUGCGCGAUGAGCAGACAUCGCAGGCAGUGCCAGUAUCCCAAUUCGUUGUGCGUAGCAGCGGACGUCGCUCACAUGCGUUCUGUACUGGAUGUGCGCCCAGCGAUGCCGUGGGCCACUUUGAGAGUGUGACGCGUCUAGAGCAGUAUGCUUUCCUGCUGUGUGUGGCACUGAACCGACUGGAUGCCCUGCUGAAGCGGCGAUCGCAUCUGGAUGUGGUGCCCGCCCACGAGGCGGAGCCGAGCGAGCUGACGGAUGCCGAAUCGAGUACGUACCGGAAAUCGCCCGAGACGAAGCGGCUUGAGAGUCAGUACCUGGACCGGCACAUGUCGAGCAAAGCACGGGUACCGCACAUUUCAAGCGUCGCGGAUGAUCCUGACCAUUCAUCGGAUGUGAGUCCUGCUCUGCCCGACACACCGUCGACCGUCACAGGCGCCGCCUCUCCGACGUUUGUAUCGUCGCAGGCACCCACUUCUACGCUUCUUCGGCCCAAUAUCAACGCGUCCAUGGCACCCAUCUCGUCCCCUUCGACGACCCCCUACGAUGAGGGCAUUACUCUCGCUGAUAUUCCCAUGAUUCUGCAAGCCGAGCAGGUGCGUGAGCAGCGCGAACAAACGUCAAGUACGUCAUCGCGCCGACCCAUCAGCUCGCUGUCUGCCGAAGAGUUGCAGGUAUUCAAAUACGUGGCAUUGCUGCGCGUGCAAAAGUCGUCGCUGUUGGAGUUUGUGGACAUGGACGAUGCCCUCGAGCUGAUUGAGACACGCAAAAAUACAUUCUGGGGCAAGUUUCUUUUCAAGGGUACUCGCGACCGGCGCGAUGUGCGCAAAAAGGGCGUGUUUGGCGUAUCGCUGGACUAUCUGGUCGAGCGGCACGGCGCAGACUCGGUACUGGGCGCGACGCCUACGCCACUGCGUGUGCCGGCGCUGAUUGACGACGUUGUGUCGGCCAUGCGGCAGAUGGAUGUGUCCGUGGAGGGCAUUUUCCGAAAAAAUGGCAAUGUGCGUCGGCUCAAGGAACUGGCCGAUGCCUUGGAUCGUGAAGUGGAUACCAUCAACCUGCUUGACGAUCAUCCUGUGCAACUCGCUGCCCUCCUGAAAAAGUUUCUGCGUGAUCUGCCAGACCCGCUGCUGACCUCGCGCCUGUACGAGCUGUUCGUGCACACGCAGUGCAUUGAGCAGCCCGCUGAGCGGCAUUACCUCGUCGCGAUGGUCGCUAUGCUUUUGCCGCGGCACAAUCGUGAUGCGCUCGAGGUCCUCUUUGUGUUCCUCCGCUGGGUCGCGACGUUUGCGUACAUCGAUGACGAGGCCGGCAGCCGCAUGGACAUACCCAAUCUUGCUACGGUCAUGGCACCGAGUCUGUUAUAUUCUCGGUCGACGGAGCCGACGCGCGGCGAGGCCAUGUUGGCCCAGUCCGUCAUCCGCCACAUGCUCGAGCACCAAGACGAGUUGUGGUUUGUGCAGGAUGACAUGGCGCCGGUGCUGCGUGAUCGGUCGCUGAUCCAAGCAGUACCAGACUUGGCACCUCAUGAACUGCUCAAGCGGUGUGCGCCCUACGCGUAG